AUGAUCGGUAUUGUUCGACAAAGGGACGUUUUCGGAAAAGUGGAGCAGAGAGCAGUGAUAAAAUUCUGCGUAGACAUUGGAAGAACAGAGACCCAUAAAAGCUCCUCAAGCUGUAUCAGCAAAUCGGGCCGAAAAAUAAUGCCUGAUUGUCUCCAACUGCUAUUGGAAGACCGAACCCGACCCUCUGGAAACUAUACAAUUUGUCCCGGGGGCGAUGAGGCUCGCCUGGUUUAUUGUGGUAUGGAGACCGAAGGCGGGGGAUGGACUGUUAUUCUGAAAAGGCACGAUGGAUCUGUGAACUUCGCUAGAAACUGGACCGAAUAUAAAGAAGGGUUUGGUGACAUUUCUGAGUAUUGGAUCGGAAAUGAAAUGAUUCACCAACUGACAACAAUCGACCAUUCAUUACUGUACAUUGUGAUAACACACUUAAAUGGAAGUCAGCUGUAUGAAAUUUACGACUAUUUCCUUGUUUCCAAUGAAACAGAUGGGUACAGAAUAUCUCUUGGUGAAGGAUCGGGGACACUAGGAAACUCCAUGAUGCCCUCAAAUCCACUAAGAGGAAUAAAGGGAAUGAGGUUUACUACCACUGACAGAGACAAGGAGUACUGGGUACAUGGUAACUGUGCUGUUUCUCAUGGCGGUGGGGGCGGAUGGUGGUAUAAUGAUUGCCAUGACGCCAUGUUGACGGGGCCUUAUGGGAAGGCAGAGUGGAACAAGCCAUGGUAUCCAGUGUAUUAUACUGGUGAACAGAUAAAAGCCGUACAAAUGAUGACAAAGAGAAGGAACCCCUGA